AUGGCGCCAGGCUCCACACGCUCAUCCUUCACCACCAAUCCAACAGGUACCUCGCAAAUCUUCUCAUCCAGCUCUAAGGAAGGUGCGAGCGCGGGGAUCGAGCAAGGCAGGUGUUUAUCAGCCAUCCAUGAGCCUAACAGAUUCUCCUGGAACUUGAUGCUUGGCGCUUAUGCCCAAAAUGCGGAUCUUGAGGAAGCAAAAGAGCUAAAAGAGGAACGUUGCAUCGUGGUCGACAAUGAUCACCGCACUGGCCGAGAGAAACCAGCUCCAAGAAGCUCGCAUUCUCUCCAUCGAGCUCCUUAUCACGAUGACGUGGUGUGGACUGCCAUGAUCUUGGCCUACUCCAACCACGGCCACCUCGAAGAAGCCAGGAAGAUGUUUGCACGGAUGCCACAACACGUGAUGUUUUCUGGCAGCAUGGCAAUGGAGGGCGAGGCGAGAAACGAGAUAAGUUUCCAGGGGAUUUUCCUGACUUGCAAUCACGGUGGGAAGCUCCGUGUGGCACUCGACUACUUUCGAUCUAUGGUGGCGGAGUACAGUAUUUCUCCAAAUGUGAUUCACUUCCAGGCGAUGGCAGAUGUGCUGGGACGAGCCGGGCUGGUUGCCAAGGCCGAAGGUCUGCUGCUGGUGAUGCCCUUCCAGCCGCAUUUCCUCGCGUGGAAGAGCUUGAUCAGCGCUUGCAAAGUUCAUGGUAACGGCAAGAACAUCAAUGUUGCAGCUCGUGCCGCAGAGAAACUCUUGGAGAUGAAACCAGGGGACUCUGGCGCUUUACGUGCUCAUAUUGCUCUAGAAUGCCCAAGAGAUUGUCAAGAGCCUGCCAGUGAGAAAAGACAAACCACUUUGAUUAAUGUUGCGGGUGACUGGAAGCGGCCGUACUGA